CUGCAGAACUGUCACAAACUGAAGCCAUCCUGCCAGCGUACAGCUGCUUGGGAGCGUGUGCGCAAGUGAUAGCACGUCUGUGAGGGCAAGGAGAUAAGGUUUGGACUGGAAGAUAAGGUUUGGACUGGAAGGUUGGGAGCUUUUUCUCCUGAAACUGAGCUGUACAAAAACAAGGUAAAGAUAGGCAGUGCACAGGUAGCACAAUCGCCUCUGGGCAGAAGACUCCGCCUGCCACCUGAGCAGGGACUGAUGGCAUCUUUCUUGUGUUUUGGAGUACUGGUGUGCACGGGUGUCGCAAGGAACUUAGUAGGAAAAGGAGUGGUGGGUGUGUGCGGGGGCAUGUGCAAACAGCAGGAGCUGUAGUUUAAAAUGGAAAGAUGCAAGGGCAGAAUGUGGCCCUGGCUGGCUGCUGGCACGUGUCACAGCCCUUGUCACUGCAGAGGGAGGUGACAUGUGGCUGCAGCAGCGGUGGGUGCCCCUCUGCUGGUUCCCAGGCUGGCGGAUGCCAGGAGCGCUGUACUGAGGUCUCUGCCAGGAAGGACUGCUGUGGUCUGCUUGGGGACCCAGCUCUGGUAGAGGUGAGGAUGCCAGGAAGUUCCCUCAAAGGGCAAAAAAGGAGUGAAAUCAAAUUAUGCAUCGUAUGUGUCCCCAUGCAGAUGCAUUCCCAGAAAUACACAUUGCUCUGAACUUCGAUAGCCUCUUGCACGUUUCUCCCUGUGCUGUUGCUGCAGCGUUUCUUCUUCUCCGGGGCCUCCUGUGGUGCUUUGCAGCUCUCCCUGUCCCUGGGGGAAGCAGCUCCUACCCUCCCCGUCCUCUCCCCAGUGCGUGGCAGAGCCGGCAGGGCCGAGGGAGCACCCACUGCGUGUCUCUUUAAGUGCAUGCCUGGCUCCGAGCCCUGACCCGCCUCUGAGCUUCAGCGUCACCAUCUCUUCCUCCUCCGCUCAGCUGAGUUUCUAUUUCCCCAGCUUCUUUCCCUGGCUUCUUUCCCCCAUCGCCCCAAUCCCCGGCACAGGCAGGAUGGCAUUGCCCGUCUCACUGAAGCUGGAGGAGAAGCUCGUGUGCUCCAUCUGCCUGGAGCUGUUCAGGGUGCCCGUGACCUUGCCCUGUGGGCACAACUUCUGCAAGCGCUGCAUCAGUGACCACUGGCACAAGCAAGAGCAGGCACCUGCCAGGGCCGAAAAGGGCUACAGGUGCCCUGAAUGCCGCAGGGGCUUUGAGCAGCACCCAGACCUGGAGAAGAAUGUCACCCUGUGCAGCGUGGUGGAGCUGGCGCGGGAUGGUGAGGCGCGGGUCUCGGGCAUGGAGAGGCGUGAGGUGGCCCAUGGCGAGCUGUGCCCGCAGCACGGGCGGCCACUGGAGCUGUACUGCGAGGACGAAGUGCCAUAUGUGUUUGCGACCCCCCCUCAACUAGAGGAAAACAGCUGCAAAUGGGUGAAGGACAGCACAGGGUUUCACUUCUCAGUGACCCUGGUCACAGCCUCUCCCCUUCCCAAACUGUAUUCUUCCCUGCAAGCCUCGUCCUGCAGCCCUGAGAGGGCUCCCGGGGCUGAGCAGGCAGCAGGGUGUUGGUGCCUCCCUUUGCAGGCCCUUUUGGAAGAAUCCCUGGAAAAAGCCCAGGAGGAAUCAGAGAGGAUCAAGCGGGCGAUAGAGGAGCUGGAGGAGCGAAUGCACAGUAUCAAGGACUCAUCCGAGGGGCUCAAAUCGGUGGUUCUGAGCAAAUUCACCAUCCUGAGGAAAGCCCUGGAGGAUUGCCAGUGGCAGACAGUGGCCAGGAUUGAGCAAGAGCAGGCGGUGGCACUGGGGCUGGUGGGAGAGGACUGGAGCCUCCUGAAGGACUGCCUGGAUGCUCUCAGCCAGCACAGGGAGAAGGCUCAGCAGCUGCUGGCCUGCUCCGACCACAGGACCUUCCUCCAGGAGUUCUCCCUGCUCCCAUCUCCAGAGAGCCCAGAGGCGCUGCUUCCUGUGGAGUUUGAUGUAGCUGAUGUGGUCAAACCCAUCACUGAGAUCCUCACCAACGUCUCCAGGCUCCUGCUGGAGGACCUGCCCCGCUCUUUGGCCCCCAAAGCCCCUGACCCCACUGGCCAAGUCCCAGUCCAUCCCCAGAGGCCGUCGGUGAAGGUGGUGGCCCCUCUCCCCAAGUGCCAGCUCCGAGCCAAGCUUCUGAAGGACCACCGCAACCUGACCUUCGAUCCCAAGACAGCCAACAAGUACCUGGAACUGUCAAGAGGUAACUGGAAAGCCAAGCACAGCCUAAGCGCCGUCUGCGGGCAGCAGGAGCAGGGAUCCCGCUUCGAGCCCUGGCAGGUCCUGUGCACGCAGGGCUACGGCCAUGCCCAGCACUACUGGGAGGUGAAGAUCUCCAGCCACUCUGUCAUCCUGGGGGUGACCUACCACAGCCUCCCCCGGGAGCGGCAGCAGGGCCACAAGUUCAACAUCGGGCUGGACGGGGGCUCGUGGGGGCUGCAGGUGCGGGAGGAUUGUUACCUGGCCUGGCACAAGGGUCGGGCAGAGAAAAUCCAGGAGCAGCUGUAUAAGAACCUGGGGGUCAGCCUGGAUUACAGCAAGGGGCUCCUCUCCUUCUACGGCCUCGGGGAGAGGACGCAGCUCAUCCACUCCUUCCACAACAUCUUCACGGAGCCCCUCUAUCCCGUCUUUUGGCUGUGCGAGGGGCGAGCGGUGACACUGUGCCAGAGGGACUGAGCCAGAGCCACUGCACGGCUGGUGCCAUAGCUGAGCUGCAGCCAGGGGCUGUGAUGGUGUGAGUGGGACCCCGAUGCCGAGGCAGGAGUGGGGUGCAGUGUUUUAACAAGAGCUGAUGAGGACAGACAUGCAAAUUAGCCAGUCUCAUUUGCAUAUGCAAAUAUCACGCUGGUGACAGACCUUAGCUAAGGGCCGAGCCCUUGUGGUGGGGAUGAAGCCCCCAGUCGCUGGGGCGGGGGGCACGUGUGGGUGCCUCUCCCUGUAGACGGGGGGAGGGGAGGGGAAAGGAUUAGUUUUCUCCUCUUUCUCCUCUUUCUCCUAUCCCUGCCAAACCUCCAAAGUGUGGAGAAGAUUUGGGUGAGGGGGACCCUGGGAGGGGGUUGCUGCAGCCAUGGGGGGCUGUGGAGCAAUGUGGAGGGAGUCCAGUACUCCCCCAGCCCCACAAGCAGGCAGGACCUGCUCCCCCAGCCCCUUCCAGUCCCCUCUUGCCACUCUCAGACAUGGCAGAGCAACAUUUUUGGGUACCAUGCUGCGGUUGCUCUUUGCACAAAGCCACUUUGCCCAA